GGCUGAUCCCACACUCGACCAUGGCUAGUGUAAUCUGUGAAACGGUUCAAGGCUACACAAAAAUGUACUUCCCGCUACUCGACGCCAGAAUUCCGUCAGAGGUGGCGCACACGUUAACACAGGCAGACAUUCGUUGGUUCCACAUGGACCUCAUUAGAGAGCGCAACAUGCAGGAGCUGGAACAGAUAAAGGUCCUACCGGGAAUCUCCGGUUUGGUCCUGCUAAAUGCGAAUGAGAAGCCCAUGGGAGAAUUCUCUCAGUGGUGGGAGGGCCCACAAGUGUGGGCCCCAGCGCAGGGCACCCGAGGGAAAGUUGGUAUCAUGUUGCACAAGGACCUCCAAGCACAGAUAAUCGACUCAGAAGCAAAUAUUUGGGGUAGAUGGGCGUGGCUGAAGGCGGUCAUUGGCAAGGAGGAAUGGGUUUUCAUGACGGUAUAUGCACCAACAGAGGCGGGGGAAAAGGGUAAAUUCUUCGCAAGACUAAUGCUCCAUGUCCCCAAAGCUGACAGACGGUUGCUAGCAGGGGACUGGAACGUGUCCUUAAAUGAAGCCCUGAGAUCCGGAGCACCGACAACAAACAGGAACGACGUGAGGACUGUACUUGAGUUCAUAGCGGAACUGACGCUGGUGGAUCCAUUCCCUAUUCUGAACCCGGAUGACCCAGGUUACACCAGGACAUCACACUUGCAGCGGGACAGACAGACGGUGACCAGAAGACGCCUAGACUACUUUCUACUUUCAGAGCAGGUGAUGGACAGAGUUACCUCUGUCAGACACGCCUUCCACCCGAUCUCCGACCACAAAUCGGUAAUGGUAGACCUUCGACCGAAUCUGGGCUGCGAAAGAGGGAGAGGAUUCUUUCGUUUGAACAACCAAGUGCUAAGGGUCCCCGGAGUGGGGGAAUGGGUGACGGAUCACAUGACCAGAUGGGAGGGUACUAGACACCUGUUAAGCUCCACUGCAGAAUGGUUGGACGGGAAUCUAGCUAUCACGUCUGGGGUUCUUGACGUGAUCUUAAGGAUAAUAACAAGGACAAGAAACAAGAGGGAGGCGGACUGCAAGAAGAGGGUGGAAGAGGUGGAAGAACGCAUGGAAGGUCGCCCCAUUUCGCUGAUGGUAUGGGCCGCAGAACGUGAAAGAAGGUUAGCGGAGUGGGACAACAUUCAAGAAGAGAAGCAAAAGAGAUGGACAAAGGGCAAGUCUCCAGGAGUGGACGGACUCUCGGUGGAGUUUUAUGCAGUGAAUUGGGGGGUGCUAGGGUCACUACUAGUGGAACUAUACAAUGAGGUCCUAGUGGGGGGUAAGCUGGGAAAGGGCAUGACGCAUGGGGUGAUCACGGUCCUGUUCAAGAAGGGUGACAAGGCGGAGGUCCGAAAUUGGCGACCAAUCUCCCUUCUAAACGUCUCCUACAAAAUUUUGGCGAAGUCACUGGCUCGGAGGCUGUCCAAAUGCCUCCUAGAGCUGGUGGAGAAGAACCAGGGGGCGUUCGUGCAGGGACGCUCUAUUUUCAACAAUAUAAUGACAGCCAUAGAGUCCCUCGAAGUGAUCCAAGAAGAGAAUCGGGACAUGGCGGUGCUCCUGCUGGACCUGGAGAAAGCGUACAACAAGUCAGGAGCAGUGUCCGAGCAGCGUUGGGAGCAGAGCCGGGAGCAGCGAGUGACUGGGGAGAAAAGAGCGAUGGCUUCCGGAGUGGCGGCUAUGGCUCGCCUUAGUCAGGUGGUUUACCUCUUCGGGCCCAUCCAUGGAGGAGGAGGAGGAUGUGUAGGGAUGCGGGGUGCUUUGCGGUCGGCCAAAUCGUUACACGUCAGCAAUCUAUUCACGCUGCCACGUGUCACGGGAGGGUCAGAUUUGCAAUUGGACUGGUUGGAUUCCUGUUCUGGAAAAGUCGAGGUAUCAGCGUCCGUCUUCUCUUCCUCCUCCUCCUCCUCCUCCUCCUCCUUCUCCUCCUCUCCCUCCUCCUCACUCUCAUCACCAUCGGCAUCGUCAUCAUGUUCAUGGUCGUCUUGGUCAUGUUGUUCUUCCUCGCCACGUGUCAAAGGAAGGCGACGCUACUCCUGUGCUGCUGUCAGCGAAGAGAGGGAGAGAGAUGGAGGUGAGGGAGGCAUGAGUGCGCCAGUGGAGGGAGAAGGGCGUACGAGGAGGAGCAGCAGGAAGAGGAGAGAGGGGAGGGAGGAAGCACCCACAGUGCUGGAGAGAACGCUGACGGAAGGGGAUAAAGAGGAGGAGGAGGAGGAGGAGAGGGGCCGGGAGAGGGGGGUUAAUCAGAGAUCCGAAGCCAAUGGCAGAUCGAGGUUGAUACGUGGCAGAUCGAGGCCGCCACGUGGCAGUUCCCCCUCCACCUCUACGUCUGCCACGUCAUCAUCCGUGUCAUCGCAAUCAACAGGAGAAGCAGAAGCAGCAGCAACAGCAACAGCAGCAGCAGCAGCAGCAGUAGGAGGAGAAGGAGAACGAGAAAGAGGAGGAGGUGAUGGUGGCAAACAGGGAUUAUGGUUGAUUGUAGGGUUAGGAAACCCAGGGAGAAAAUAUGCUGGGACCCGUCAUAACGCUGGCUUUGAGGUUAUUGAUAGGUUGGCUAUGGCGGAAGGAAUCAGGAUGGGUUCCAUCGAGUCCAAAGCUGUCGUUGGGCGCGGAUUGAUCUGCAACAUCCCGGUUCUAUUAGCCAAACCACAAACCUUCAUGAACCGCAGCGGUCAGGCCGUCGGUCCUCUUGCCGCCUAUUACCGAAUUCCAAAUCAACGUGUGCUUGUGAUCUGUGACGAUCUGGACUUGUCCUUGGCGAGCCUGCGCAUCCGGCGAAAAGGCAGCGCCGCUGGGCACAACGGGAUGACGAGUGUAAUUGAGGGGCUGAAGGGGAGCAAGGAUUUCCCAAGAUUGCGGAUCGGGAUCGGGAGACCUAGAGGAGGGAUCCCGGUAGAAGCAUAUGUGCUGCAGAAAUUCACGCAGGAGGAAAGAGAAGAGAUGGAUUGUACUCUCCAUGAGGCGACCAAUGCCGUGAGAGCUGUGCUGGUAGAGGGAAUAGACAAAGCCAUGAGUUUAUGGAAUGUUGCGAGAAGCUUCAGGCUUGUGGGAGAGUAAUUAAUCACCACGCAGUUAGGGGGGAAGCGGAGGAG